GCCAGGAGGAACAGCCAGCCCCACUGGCUGCAGCUGAGAGGAGUAAUGGCUGCCACUGGAGUGCUCCCCUUUAUCAGGGGGGUGGAUCUGAGUGGGAAUGACUUCAAGGGGGGCUAUUUUCCUGACCACGUGAAGUCCAUGACCAGCUUGCGAUGGCUGAAGCUGAACAGGACGGGCCUGUGCUACCUGCCGGAGGAGCUCUCUUCCCUCCAGAAACUGGAGCACCUGUCUGUGAGUCACAACAACCUCACCACGCUCCACGGAGAGCUCUCUGGCCUGCCGUGCCUCCGGGCAAUUGUGGCUCGAGCGAACAGCCUGAAGAAUUCAGGAGUUCCUGAUGACAUUUUCCAGCUCGAUGACCUCUCGGUGCUGGACCUGAGCUACAACCAGCUCACGGAGUGUCCCCGGGAGCUGGAGAACGCCAAGAACAUGCUGGUGCUCAACCUCGGCCACAACAGCAUCGAUAACAUCCCCACCCAGCUGUUCAUCAACCUGACGGACCUGCUGUACCUGGACCUGAGCGAGAACAAGCUGGAGAGCCUGCCGCCGCAGAUGAGGCGCCUGGUGCACCUGCAGACUCUGAUCCUGAACAACAACCCGCUGCUGCACGCCCAGCUCAGGCAGCUCCCUGCAAUGACCGCUCUGCAGACCCUGCACCUGAGGAACACGCAGCGCACUCAGAGCAAUCUGCCCACCAGCCUGGAGGGCCUGAGCAACCUCGCAGACGUGGACCUGGCCUGCAACGAGCUGAGCCGGGUCCCCGAGUGCCUCUACACCCUCUCCAGCCUGCGCCGUCUCAACCUGAGCAGCAACCAGAUCUCCGAGCUCUCCCUCUGCAUUGACCAGUGGACCCAACUGGAGACCCUCAAUCUGUCGCGGAACCAGCUCACCUCACUGCCCUCUGCCAUCUGCAAGCUGACCAAGCUGAAGAAGCUCUACUUGAACUCCAACAAGCUGGACUUCGACGGCAUUCCCUCUGGCAUCGGCAAACUCACCAGCCUGGAGGAGUUCAUGGCAGCCAACAACAACCUGGAGCUGAUCCCCGAGAGCCUGUGCAGGUGCACGAAGCUGAAGAAGCUGGUGCUGAACAAGAACCGCCUGGUCACCCUGCCGGAGGCAGUUCAUUUCCUGACGGACGUCGAGAUCCUGGACGUCCGGGAGAACCCCAACCUGGUGAUGCCCCCCAAGCCGGUGGACAAAACCUCUGAGUGGUACAACAUCGACUUCUCCCUGCAGAACCAGCUGCGCCUGGCUGGCGCCUCGCCCGCCACCGUCGCAGCAGCUGCAGCAGGGAGCGGCACGAAGGACCCCACGGCCCGCAAGAUGCGGCUUCGCCGGCGCAAGGACUCGGCAGCGCAGGAUGAUCAGGCGAAGCAGGUGCUGAAGGGGAUGUCGGACGUGGCUCAAGAGAAGAACAAGAAACUGGAGACGUUCCUGGACGACAGCGGCUCCUUGACCUGGGAGAUCUACUACUGGAUCGGGCACGAAGCCACGCUGGACAAGAAGGCCAGCGCGGCCAUCCACGCCGUCAACCUGCGCAACUACCUGGGGGCCCAGUGCCGCACCAUCCGGGAGGAGAUGGGGGACGAGAGCGAGGAGUUCAUCCAGGUGUUCGACCACGAGAUCUCCUACAUUGAGGGGGGCUCGGCCAGCGGCUUCUACACCGUCGAGGAUGCGCAGUACAUCACCAGGCUGUAUCGCGUCUAUGGGAAGAAGAAUAUUAAGCUGGAGCCCGUGACGCUUAAGGCUGCUUCGCUGGACCCCCGGUUCGUCUUCCUCCUGGACAAUGGCCUUGAGAUCUCCGUGUGGAGGGGGAGCCAGGCCACGCUGAGCAGCACCACCAAAGCCAGGCUAUUCGCUGAGAAGAUCAACAAGAACGAGCGGAAGGGGAAGGCGGAGAUCACACUCCUGAGCCAGAGCCAGGAGCCGCCCGAGUUCUGGGAGGUGCUGGGGGGCCAGCCCGAGGAGAUCAAGGCCAACGUCCCGGACGACUUCCAGCCAGCCAAGCCCAAGCUCUAUAAGGUCGGCCUGGGGCUGGGCUACCUGGAGUUGCCCCAGAUCAACUACAAGCUCUCGGUGGAGCACCAGAAGCGACCCAAGGUGGACCUGCUGCCGGAGAUGCGACUGCUCCAGAGCCUGCUCGACACCAAGGCUGUAUACAUCCUCGACUGCUGGUCCGACGUCUUCAUCUGGGUGGGCAGGAAGUCCCCGCGCCUGGUGCGGGCGGCGGCCCUCAAGCUGGGGCAGGAGGUGUGCAGCAUGCUGCACCGGCCCAAGCACGCCAUGGUCAUCCGCAACCUGGAGGGCACCGAGUGCCAGGUGUUCAAGUCCAAGUUCAAGAACUGGGACGACGUGCUGAAGGUGGACUACACCCGCAACGCGGAGAGUGUGCUGCAGGCCAAGGGGCUGGCCGGCAAGGUGAAGAAAGACGCCGAGAAGAAGGAUCAGAUGAAGGCUGACCUGACGGCGCUGUUCCUGCCCCGCCAGCCCCCCAUGGCCCUGACGGAGGCGGAGCAGCUGAUGGAGGAGUGGAACGAGGACCUGGACGGCAUGGAGGGCUUUGUCCUGGAAGGCAAGAAAUUUGCUCGCCUGCCCGAAGAGGAGUUCGGACACUUCCACACCCAGGAUUGCUAUGUCUUCCUGUGCAGGUACUGGGUGCCGGUGGAGUACGAGGACGAGGCGGAGAAGAAGAAGAAGAAGAGCGGUGGCAAAGGGGAUGGAGAGAAAGGGGAGGAGGACGAGGAGGAAGAGGAGGAGAAGCAGCCGGAGGAAGACUUCCAGUGCAUCGUGUACUUCUGGCAGGGGCGUGAGGCCUCCAACAUGGGCUGGCUCACCUUCACCUUCAGCCUGCAGAAGAAGUUCGAGAGUCUCUUCCCUGGCAAGCUGGAGGUUGUGCGCAUGACCCAGCAGCAGGAGAACCCCAAGUUCCUGUCUCACUUCAAGAGGAAGUUCAUUAUCCACAAGGGCAAGAGGAAGUCCAAGGACAACAGCCUGCAGCCCAGCCUGUACCACGUCCGCACCAACGGCAGCGCCCUCUGCACCCGGUGCAUCCAGAUCAACACCGACUCCUGCCUGCUGAACUCAGAGUUCUGCUUCAUCCUGAAGGUGCCGUUCGAGAGCACCGAUAACCAAGGCAUCGUCUAUACCUGGGUGGGCCGGGCCGCCGACCCCGAGGAGGCCAAGCUAGCCGAGGAAAUCAUGAACCACAUGUUCGACGACUCAUACAGCAAGCAGGUGAUAAACGAAGGGGAGGAGCCGGAGAACUUCUUCUGGGUUGGCAUCGGGGGCCAGAAGGCCUACGACGAAGACGCCGACUACAUGAAGUACUCGCGGCUGUUCAGGUGCUCCAACGAGAAGGGCUAUUUCUCCGUGUCGGAGAAGUGCUCCGAUUUCUGCCAGGAUGACCUGGCGGACGACGACAUCAUGCUGCUGGACAACGGCCGGGAGGUUUACAUGUGGGUGGGAACCCAGACAAGCCAGGUGGAAAUCAAGCUGAGCUUGAAAGCUUGCCAGGUGUACAUCCAGCACAUGCGCUCGAAGGCGGCCGAGCACCCCCGGAAGCUGCGCCUGGUGCGGAAAGGCAACGAGCCCCAUCCCUUCACCCGCUGCUUCCACGCCUGGGGCGUCUUCCGCAAGCCGCCCGCCUAAGGAGCCGCGGGGGAGCACCUGCCCUGCCGGAGCCGGCAG